AUGGAAUAUGUCGCAGAGGCUAUGAAAGAUGUGAAGUUAAUGGGUUAUGCUGAAAGUCUUGAAGAGUCACUCCUUGCUCUUAGUGAUAGACUAAUGGCUGUCAAGGACUCUAAGGCCAUUGGUGAACGAAUUCAAAAUGAAAUGCUGGAUGGAUUGUUCAGCAACAACGACGACCUUGUUGACGUAAUUGAAAUUCAGAACUUGCAGACGUGGUACUUUCGGAAGCCUCAAGGACCAGUAAGUACUCGCACUCGUGACUUGUAUCACAAGAUAGAGCAACUAGGAAUCAGUGAAGAAAAAAUUGGUGAAGCGCACUCUAAGGCUGAUGGCGAUGCCGGACGGAUUACAAAAGAAUUAGUGGAUUACAAACUGGAACAACAGUUGAAGACGGUGAAUGUAAAAGAUGCAGCGCACGCAUGCGUUAGGCACUUUUAA